GGGGCCGGGGCGGGGCCGAGCCUGACACUUGGAGUCCGGAGGGCCCCGGAUCCGCGCCCGCGCCCGGCCCCGCGCCCCGGCCCGCUCCGUCGCCAUGGGGGCCUGCCUGGGCGUCUGCUCCCUGCUCAGCUGCGCCUCCUGCCUCUGCGGCUCUGCCCCUUGCAUCCUGUGCUCCUGCUGCCCUUCCAGCCGCAACUCCACUGUGAGCCGCCUGGUCUUCACUGGCUUUCUCCUCCUGGGGGUGCUGGUGUCUAUCAUCAUGCUGAGCCCUGGCGUGGAGAGUCAGCUCCACAAGCUGCCCUGGGUGUGUGAGGGCGCCGACGCACCCAGUGUCCUGCAGGGCCACAUCGACUGCGGCUCCCUGCUGGGCUUCCGCGCUGUCUACCGCAUGUGCUUCGCCACGGCCGCCUUCUUCUUCCUCUUCACCCUGCUCAUGGUCUGCGUGCGCAGCAGCCGGGACCCCCGCGCUGCCAUCCAGAACGGGUUUUGGUUCUUUAAGUUCCUGAUCUUUGUGGGCAUCACCGUGGGUGCAUUCUACAUCCCCGAUGGCUCCUUCUCCAAUAUCUGGUUCUACUUCGGCGUCGUGGGCUCCUUCCUCUUCAUCCUCAUCCAGCUGCUUCUGCUCAUCGACUUUGCGCACUCCUGGAACCAGCUGUGGCUGGGCAAGGCUGAGGAGUGUGACUCCCGCGCCUGGUACGGAGGCCUUUUCUUCUUCACCUUGCUCUUCUACGCACUCUCCAUCGCGGCCGUGACCCUGCUCUUCAUCUACUACACCCAUCCCGGCACCUGCCACGAGGGCAAGAUUUUCAUCAGCCUCAACCUCGUCUUCUGUGUGUGUGUCUCCAUCGUCGCUGUGUUGCCCAAGGUCCAGGAAGCCCAGCCCAACUCGGGGCUGCUGCAGGCCUCGGUUGUCACGCUGUACACCAUGUUUGUCACUUGGUUGGCCCUAUCCAAUGUCCCUGACCAGAAGUGUAACCCGCACCUGCUGACCCAGCUCAGCAAUGAUACCAUGCUGGCCGAGGGCUAUGAGACCCAGUGGUGGGACGCACCUAGCAUCGUGGGUCUCGUCAUCUUCAUCCUGUGCACCCUCUUCAUCAGCGUGCGCUCCUCUGACCAUCGGCAGGUGAACAGCCUGAUGCAGACUGAGGACUCCGUUGUGCUGGAGGCCAUGCAGCAGCAGCAGCAGCAGCAGCAGCAGCAGCAAGUGACUGCUGAGAACCGAGUUUUUGACAACGAGCAGGAUGGGGUCACCUAUAGCUACUCCUUCUUCCACUUCUGCCUGGUGCUGGCUUCCCUGCACAUCAUGAUGACACUCACAAACUGGUACAGGCCCGGCGAGACACACAAGAUGAUCAGCACGUGGACCGCUGUCUGGGUCAAGAUCUGCGCCAGCUGGGCAGGGCUCUUCCUCUACCUGUGGACCCUGGUGGCCCCCCUGCUCCUGCGCAACCGCGACUUCAGCUGAGGCCGCCCCUGCAGCCUGCCCACUUGGUGGUAUCUUGGGCUCCGUGACAGCUGACUGACUGCCUGCUCCUCCUAACUGGUCAGCCAGGCUGAGCUGCCCGCUACAGGACUGGCCCCUAAGCAGGGCCCCCAUUCUCAGUGCCUUCAGGUCUGAGGCACAGCAGGCUCAGCUGAGCCCUGCCCUCUCACCCCCAGGCCGCAGAGCUGCCUCUCCCUUCCCUGCCUGGUUACCCACACCCCCGGGAGCUGGGCUGGAGGAGAGGUACCCCAAGCCACACAGAGGACAGCAAGCACUUGGUGCCCAGCACUAAGCCCUCCCCACCCUGGCCCCCCAGACCAUGUGCCUUAGGGAGUCUCUAAGACUCUGCCCAAUAAACACGAUUGUGCGUGUGCCUUCCCA